AUGUCAUCUUGGUACUCGAGGAUCCUCACCAACACCACCUCUCAGAUCUCGAACCUGCAGAGUCGCUUGUUGCAGAGCGAAAAUGACGGCGACACGGAAGACGACACUCAUGUAUGCAGAGUGCUGAGAGGCUACUACACCGAGAAGGGCCGUCCGUUCCCUGGCUGGUUGCCGCCCGACCCAAAGGCACCGCCCCCAGCAGCACCCGUCUACGCCCAACCAGCUCAACAAGUCGGCUCACGAUACGGAGGUCUGCAGCAGCCACAGCAAGCUGGUCCCGCGACGGGCUUGAGCUCUCUGUGGGACAACAACGGCGGCGCGCAACAGAGGCAGGACACGAUGAGCCUGCGACAAGGUCGCGGGGCUCCCCCACCGAUGCGAGGCGCCGAGCAGCAGCCCGCGCGACUGAGCCCUUUUGCCCGAGCCGGGGACAAUGGACGCGAAGAGGUGCAGGCCCGACCCCUGCCCAGUCAGCGAGCGGGCAGCUACCAGCAAAGUGCGGCCUACGGAAGGGACACGACGAGCACACCGCCGGGUAGCUCAGCGGGCGGCUCAGCACAGGAUCGGCUUAAGCAGCGACUAUGGGGAGGUGCGAGAACAACCAGUCCGGCGUCCGGAGGCCAAGGACCAUUCCAACCACCGACGGGCAGAGGUGGAAGCGGUGACUACGAGGACCGAUUUGCCCCGGGCGGCAUGUACGAGGGCGGAGGCGGCGGUGGUGGUGGCAGUGGUGGGCGAACAGGACUGCCUGCUGGUCCAAGACGUCAAGGUCUCCCAAGUGGUCCUCGUAUGAGGUAG